CAGGGCCCCGCCGCGGGGGCAGCAAUGGGCUGGCACAGGCGCCCCCCGCCCUCCCGAGGGGCCGGGGGGGGCCGGGGCGGGCCGGGGGCGGUGCUCGGGGCAGGGGCGGUGCCCCAGGGGCCCGGUGACGCGCGGAGGCCGGGCUCUGACGUCACAGAGCCCUGCCGGGCCCCGCCCGGCGCUGGAGGGCUGUGCCGCGGGCACCGCUUCAGCAGUGCCGGCAGCGGCAGCGGCGCGGGGCAGGCGCAGGGGGCCAUGGCCCCCACCCGCCUCCUCCUCCUCGUCCUGGUGGCCCUGCAAGCCCGGCGUGUCAGCGGUGCGCGGUGGCGAGCGCGGGGAUUAGGCGUGCGGGCAGCUGUGCCCGUAGCCAGUGGCCACCCGAAUUCUCCGCCGGAUCUUCUCUGGGAGCCUCAGGGCGAUCCCACAGACGUGGCUGGAGGCGAUGGCUACCCAGCUUCCCAGCCGGCUUCCAGGGCUGACGCUCAGGGAGAUCGCGUGGAUGUGGGUGCAGGGAGGGCUCUUCCCGCUUCUCGGCUGGAUCCUGCGCUGGAGCUCACCUGGCAUCGCAGGGGUCCUCCGAGAGCCAAGUACAGAGCGGAAAUGGAAAAAUCUUCCCCGCGGUCAUCAGAAGUCCUAGAGGGAGUCCUGAAGGAACUGGACAAAGCAGCACAUGAUUCUGUCAUUUACCAUCAUCUUGCCGUUUGCCAAAAAUGCACUAAGUGGAAUGCGAACAAGCUCACGUGCAACCUCCUAGUCUCCCAGCAGAGACUGGACCAAGAGACUGUGGAGAACGAGGCGUUUCAGGGAGGACGCAGUCAGGCAGUGAGAGUGUCUGAUGCAAAAACGGGGGCAAUUCAGUCAACAGGCCUCCCAGUUCUGUCCAAGCCCGGGAACGCCCACCGCGCCAGGAUAUAUGGAUUUUUUCGAAGCAGUCCAGUUCUGUCCAAGCCCGGGAACGCCCACCGCGCAGGGACAUAUGAAGUUUUUCGAAGCAGUCCAGGUGUGGGUGGCAAGACAAAUGCAAAUGCUGCGGGUCAUGGAAACUUCAUGGAGUACUGCGUGGAGGGUGCCAUGGCAGUCCUGGGCUCCAUGCUGCUUGGGAUGGUGUUUUGUUGUGUGUUCCACCUGUGGAGGAAGCGAAAACAGUGA